AUACCAUCUCUUUGUUUCCUUACUUCUUUCCUCAUUCAGCAACUCUCUGCUUCUCUGCUUCACUGUUCACUUCACUUCUCUCCUGUCCUUCUUCCCCAUCUACCUCACACUAACAAAUUUGUUUAAGUUUGGGCCUUCUGAGCACUGGGCAAACGAUCUUCCCUGCAGAUAUUUUUCCUGUGAACAAAAAUUGAUCUCUCUGGUGUAUGCUGUUGUGGUUGUGUAUAUAAGCGAAUAGUAUGCGGUGGCUGGGCCUAUCGAUUGAUGUGUUUCGUUAUGUUAUCUCCUUGAACUUAUAUUGCAGGGUGAUUCUGUAAACAUGUUUCUUCUGUGAACCUAUUCAGCCCUCUCACUAUCCUCUUUUACUAGCUACCCAUGGGUGCCAAUCAUCUUUUUUUCUUUGCUUGUUUUAUCCAUAGGAUUAGCUAAAUAACCGAGUUUUAGAAACUAAAUUUGGUCUUCUUCUUCUUCUUCUUCUUCUUCUUGUUAUGCCCAGCUUUGUUUCUUGUUGAAAUUUCCAAUUCCAUCACCUCUAAAGUCUGCCUCAAGUUAGCCCAAAUUCAUCGAUCCUUGCUUUAGUUUGACCUUCCGUUUUGUGUGUCUAAUUGUCUUGUGCUCCAGACUAGUCUUUUGCAUAGAUUUUGAAGUUCAGUCCAGGAUUGAAAGGAGUUAUGGUGUGCCAAGCAGCAAGUCAGACGAGAUUUCGGGCCUUAAAACAUGAGACUGGGAUUGCAGGACAAGCGACCAUUAUAGUUAGAGUUAUAGCAUGCUUUCAACCACUGCAGAAUUGCCAGGCUGAGUACUUCCGUCAAUUGCUUAAGCCUGUCACGUAAAUUGAAGUUUGUAUCCACAAUAUUGCCUUAAGUUCGAGUUUACAGUCGUUUUCCUUUCAUUUUUGUUCCUGAGAGAGAUUAGCUUUGGGAUAACAGCAGUCAAUAUCCAAGGUUUUCGUUUUUGGCUGAAUGGUUAUGGUCACCGAGCAGCAUCAACCUUGCUGGCACUAUCCUGCAUGGAAUUUACCCGAUUCAAACCAUUUAGAACCCAUGCACCACACUAAUCUGCCAUCUUCUUUUAAUUCUCAUGUGUUUACUGCAAAUGCUGUUUCUCAAGGGAUUUCGGGUUUGGUCCCUGGAUCACCAUAUUCGAGAACAAACGAGUUGGUUGGAGUUCAUGGUGUCCUCCAGCCAAUACCUACCCAUAUGAAUGAAUCUCAAUCUGCUCUUCUCCAUGGAAUUGGAAGAAAAGCUGUCCCAACUUCUGCAUGUGAUUCUACUGGGAAAAGAUUUCUCAUUUUUGAUCACUCUGGAGAUCAAACAAGACUGUUUUUUAGUCCAUCUUUCCCUCCUCAUCAGAAUGAGGUUUUGUCUAGAAAAACUUUUGGAGAUAAUGGUCUGGGGCAUGGAAAGUUGAGAGCUCUUGUUGAGCACAGGUCUCCCAGGGAACUCAUUAUUCAAGAACAAUUGGAUAGGAGUUACAGUUAUGGAAGCGAAAGGCCUGAAGACACAGAAGAAAUCGAUGCAUUACUCUACUCUGAUGGGGAUAGCGAGGAUGAUGAAGUAACUAGCACGGGCCACUCCCCGUUCCCAGUUCAAGGGGGCUGCCACGAGCAUGCUCAAUUCGGGGAACUUGCUAGUAGUGAUGGCUCAUCAAAGAGGCAAAGGCUGCAUGAUGGUGGGUACAUGAAUUCAUCAUUGAAAGACACUGCAAGUUCAGUGCAACUGCGUAGAUCCCACAGGUAUGAUGAUGAUAUAGGAUCAAGUUGUGUUAAGGGCACCGAGUUUAAAGGUGAGGAACAAAGUCCCCAUUCCCACGCCAGCCAAAAGAAGGCUAAAAUCCACGAGAUGUUGAAAACUCUCGAAACCAUGAUCCCUGGCCUAAAGAGCAAGGAUCCACUGUCCGUUUUCGAUGAAGCAAUAGAUUACUUGAAGCAUUUGAGACUCAAGGCUAAAGAGCUGGGACUCGAGCCCACCCCCGUUCCAUUGGAGGUAGUGUCUGGUGCAGUUGUAGCAGAGAAAAAAUGGGGUGAAAAUCUUGAUUGUGUGUUUCCAAGAAAUGAUUAUUUUUAAGCUUUAAGGAUUUAAAGGCAUCACAUUUUAGCGCAUGGGUUAUGGUAGUGCAGUGCUGUGCUGUAAAUUCAAUGAAGAGAGCCCUUUUCUCUUCUCCCCCCCAAAAAAGAAUCAAUUUUUCCCCCAUGGAUUGAGUGCAUGCGCAUACAGUGAUAGGACCCACCUUCCAGCACCAAUCCAAUUUGCAGCUUCUUGAUGCUGUGUCUUUUGUGAAUCCAUCCAUCAUCUUUUAUCUUCUGUGGUGGCACCGCCCUAAUAGUACAAAGAAGAUAGCAUACAGGAGUGAUGGCUUGCCUCCAUGAAAAGAUUUAUCAAGAAAGUUGGAUGGCCAUCAAUGAUAAGAUCUUGUCUUCAAAGUCUGGUUUUUUUUUUUUUCUUUUCUUUUUUCACCUGUGAGCUUUUGUACUGUGAGUCCGUGAGUUGUGGCAUCUGGGUCUUUUUGAGUACUGAUGGACCCUCCCUGGGUCCUUCUGCUAUCAUUAUUGCUGUUAUAAUUGAAUGUUGAAUCUUUGUGGAUAUGCCAGUGUGCUUUUAUUU